CCUGAACUCUGUCAACAACUUUCACUUGCUUCUUUUCGUCUAUAGACUAUUCUAUACGGAUCUACAAACCUCACUUUCUUCCUAUAUAUGUUUCUGGCCCGAAAUCCAGUUAUUACGCCAUGUCCGAUUCCGUCUACGAAAAUUAUCCCCCCUACUUGAACCCCGCACAGAAGGAGUUCCUGGUACAGACAGUCAAGGAUUGGGCUACACAAAAUGGCCUGAUGGUCAGGCCGGCACCGACUUUCAUUUCGAAGGACUCCAAUCCUUACGGCGUGCUCGCGACGAAUGCACCAGUGACUUUGUUUCCUAGCCCGUUCCCGAAAAGCAGUUUCGAAGAGGCGAAGGCAUUGCAGACCGUGUACAAUAAGCUCUAUGCUGCGAUAACGUGUAAUAAAGAAUGGAUUGGCAAGAUUAUGGAAGAUCUUAUCGACGUGGAUGACUUCAUUUCGAACCUCUGGAAAGUCCAUAUCACUGUCCAAGAGGAAGGAUAUGCACAGACGCUUUCCCUUGGCCUCUACCGGUCCGAUUACAUGGCACACUCCCCGUCCGGCUCGACAAGUCCCCAGCUAAAGCAGGUGGAGUUCAACACCAUCUCAUCGUCUUUCGGUGGCUUGUCAUCGCUUGUGACCUCCUUGCAUUCUGAACUUCUCAAUUCCCCUCCGGGGCAUCCUCUCGCAUACCCACAACACCCAUUACUUACUUCCGGUGCAGUACCGGAGAAUACCGCGGUGGAGACGCUCUCCGCAGGCCUCGCGACAGCACAUACCGCAUACGGACCGUCCAGAUCAAACCCCAAGCUGCCCACCUGCAUCCUGUUCGUGGUUCAAGAAAACGAGCGCAACAUCUUCGACCAACUCGCACUCUCGCGACAACUCACAAAGGUCCACAAGAUUCCCGUCUUCCGUCUCCUAAGCUCCGAAGUCCUAGACCACACCUCCAUCCCGGACUCCAAUCCAGCUCGCCCUCUCAUCUACCACCCGCCUUACUUCCCGUCGGGAACAGAAUUCGAAGUAACAACCGUCUACCUCCGCUGCUUCUACACACCAACGGACUACAACUCCCCGCGCGACUGGCAAGCCCGGACACACCUCGAGCGCUCCGCUUCAAUCAAAUGCCCCACAGUUCUCAACCAACUCGCCGGCUCCAAAAUUAUCCAACAAGUCCUCGCAACUACCACAGGCCCUGACCACCUGACCUCAUUCCUCCCCGACACUCCCGAACCCCUCAUCAGCCGUCUCCGCGCAACCUUCGCCCCGCAGUACGACCUCUCUCUCGACGGCCAGGGCCGCGCCCUCGCCCUGAACCCCGAAACAGCCUCGAACCACGUCCUGAAACCCCAGCGCGAAGGCGGCGGAAACAACAUCUAUAAAACAGCGAUUCCAGACUUCCUUCGCUCAAUUCCCGAGAACGAGUGGAAACGCUGGAUCCUCAUGGAGCUCAUCCACCCACCGGCUGCCGCGAAAAACGUCGCUCUCCGCAGCGAUGGCGAAGUUCUUGCCGGCGGUGUGAUCGGCGAGCUGGGUGUUUACGGCACUAUCCUCUGGGACCAGGCUGGUGGCGAAGUACUGCAUAAUGAGCAGGGUGGAUGGUUGAUGAGGACGAAGGCUGAGGGCGUGAAUGAAGGUGGUGUUGCGACAGGGUUCUCGAGUCUAGAUAGUAUAGUGCUCUUUUAGAGGCCGUGUUUUCUCUUAGACACUCCUGUAAAUGCAUAUAGUAAGGCUCUGAUUCUUUGGUACUCUGGUUACACUAUAAACUUGUCUUUUUUUGCACCGUCGCUUUAUUCCAUCGUUGUCAAAACAGUUGUCCAGAUAAACUUCGCCAAGACGCCCGGGGGCAAUAAGCUCAGGAG